AUGGCAGAUGGCGUGGCUAAUGGAGAGAAAUCUGGGAUGUUAAGGGAGGUUGGAUUGCAAUCGGUUGGGGGCAAAAAUCAUGGAAAAAAUCAGGGUAUACUAGCUGUUGAUUUAGAGGAGGGAAAGAAUGAAGAUAUUCAACAAGAUGGUCUUCUUAUUGCUGAUUUGAAGAGGAGGCGCGUAAAUGAGGGGAGGGGAUUGGAGUAUUUAAAUGGUGAAGAUGGGGGCCCAAUUCGAGUUAGUGAAGAAGGGUUCAGAGGCCCACUUCUAAGUGGGGGUGGAAGGAAAAAUGAUAUUCUUGUAAAAGAGGGUAGUGGGAAAGGAAUUGACCAAAUGGAUAAUAAUGGGCCGGUUGUGGAGGUUUUGGAGGAAAGUUCAAAUACCAACAAUGGCAUUUUUCCAAAAAUGAUUUUUUGGCGGAUUAAUUAUGUUAAAAGGUUGUUGGGCUUUGAAGGGAGUUAUGUUGUUGAAGCUAGGGGUCAUAGUGGUGGCUUAGCCAUGCUAUGGAAGAAAGAAGAAGAAGGUCAGUACUCUUUGCCGCGGUGUUUGUUUGGUGAUAUGAAUAACACUUUGAGUCAUAGUGAUAAGAGAGGUGGUAGAUCCUACCCAAAUUGGCUUCUAAAUGGGUUCCAAGAUGUGGUCUCUGAAUGCCAUCUUAUUGACAUGGAGCUAAGGGGUUAUCCAUUUACUUGGGAAAAAGGGAAGGGUACUAGUCAAUGGGUUGAAGUUAGACUUGAUAGGGCAUUAGUUAACCAUGAUUGGCAAAUGUUAUUUCCCUCAGCCUCUCUUGAAAAUAUCGAAGUAACGGUGUCCAACCAUUACCCAAUUUGGGUUAACCAUGCCGUGUCGAAACCCAUCGUUUUCAAGAAGAAGUUUCGGUAUGAAAAUGCGUGGUCCUGGGAGCCUAUGUGUAGACAAAUUGUUCAAGCCAAUUGGGAUAGUAUUCCCAAUAGUACUCUAAAUGUGAAGCUUCACUCGUGCAGUACGGCAUUGGCCGAAUGGAGCAGUGAUAUCACUGCCGGAGAUCAAAAUACCAAGUAUUUUCAUGCUUGUGCUAGUAAUCAGCGGCAGAAUAAUCAGAUUGUUAAACUUAAGAAUAGCGAUGGUGUGUGGGUUGAUUGGGAUAGUGGUCUUCGGGAGGUUAUGGUAAAGCACUUUACUAAUCUUUUCACUGCUUCGAGAUCGAAUGGGCAUCGGGUUAUUGACUGUAUCCCGGUCAAAGUUAAUGCUGAUCAAAAUCAAGAUUUACUUAUUCAAGUUGAGGAUAUUGAGGAUAUAGUCGACAUGAUCCAACGAUUCUUUGCUUUUGGUGAGUUCCCUGAGUAUUUAGCCGAGACCAACAUACUGCUUAUACCAAAAAAAUCUCAACCAGUAAGUAUGAAUGACUUACGUCCGAUUGCUUUAUGUAAUGUUAUCUACAAGAUUGUUUCUAAAGUGUUGGCGAAUAGACUCAAAGGGGUUCUUUCAAAUGUUAUUUCAGAGACCCAAAGUGCUUUUUUACCGGGGCGUCUAAUCACGGAUAACAUAUUGGUUUCGUAUGAGAUAAUGCAUUAUCUUAAACGGAAGCAAAAAGGAAAAAAGGGCUUCAUGGCUAUUAAAUUGUAUAUGAGCAAAGCGUAUGACAGAGUGGAAUGGGGCUUUUUAGAAGUUGUGUUGAGAAAGUUGGGGUUCCAGGAGCAGGUGAUUCGGGGGCUAGAAGUUGGGCCGAUUGUUCCUAGUAGAGGAUUAAGACAAGGUGAUCCUCUAUCACCUUAUCUUUUUAUUCUUUGCACUGAAGGAUUUUCUGCUCUGUUAAGAGACUUUGGGAAGAGAGGUAGGCUUCAUGGUUGUAAGGUUGCGAGAGGGGCUCCUAUGGUUUCCCACAUGCUUUUCGCGGAUGAUAGUUAUAUCUAUUGUCAGGCUUCAGAGGAAGGCAUUUUGAGUAUGAUGGAAUUGUUGGAUUGUUUCCAAAUUGCUUCGGGUCAACAAGUGAAUCUUCAGAAGUCUUCUUUGUUCUUCAGUCUGAAUACAUCUCUUGAAGAUAGAAACAGAAUUUCCACCAUUAUGGGGAUUAAUGAGGCUGGAGAAAAUAGCUUUUAUCUGGGUCUUCCUAAUACUUUGGGGCAGAAUAAGACUGCUUUGCUUGGGUUCUUGAAGGACAAGAUGAGGAAGAAAAUUCAGAGUUGGGAAGGGAGAUUUUUAUCUAAGGCGGGUAAAGAAUUACUUAUCAAAACCGUGGCACAAUCUCUCCUGAGUUAUGCCAUGAAUGUCUUCUUAUUACCAAUUGAAACUUGUCAAGAGAUGGAGCAAUUGAUGUACAAGUUUUGGUGGCAAGCCUCCACCAAAAACAACAAAGGGAUUCACUGGAAGAGUUGGGAUAGAUUAACUGAGCAUAAGUCCAAAGGAGGAAUGGGUUUUCGUAACCUUCGUGAUUUUAAUAUCAGUUUAUUGAGUAAACAAGGGUGGCGUCUCUUGUGUCAGCCACAUUCUUUGGUGGGAAGAAUUUUCAAAGCCAGAUACUACAAGAAUGGUGACUUCCUCUCGGCAGAACUAGGAGCCAACCCAAGUUUUGUCUGGCGUAGUAUUCUUGAAGCUCAGGAUGUGGUUCGUGAAGGGGUUAGAUGUCGAAUUGGUAAUGGGUCUUCAGUGAGUGUUCUUCUUGAUUCUUGGCUGCCGGAUGUUGAUAAUCCAAAAGUAACCUCUACUCACCCGGCCUUGUUAAGCCAAUGUGUUAAUUCGUUGAUGAUUACUGGGGAGUAUGCUUGGGAUGUAGACUUGGUGCUUGAUCUGUUCAAUAACCGGGAUGCUAAUUUAAUACUUAGCAUUCCCUUAUCUUCAAGUCGGGUAAAUGACACUUGGUAUUGGUGUUUGGAAAAAACUGGGCAUUUCACAGUUAAAUCAGCGUACAAGUUUCUUCAAAUGCGUAAAGAGACAGGUUCCCAACCGAACAGCUCUCUAGUUUGGAAUGGUAUUUGGAAACUACGUGUUCCCCCCAAGCACCUGAAUCUCCUUUUCAUUGCUUGGUGGAUUGUUUGUUUGCUCAAAGCUAUUGGGAGCAUGCAAGUAUUGAUAAGAAUGUUCAAGGUGUUGUUUCUUUUGCUGGAUGGUUGGAAAAAAAUGUUCAACCGAGUGGAUGAGGCUACUAGAAUUAGCAUUGCCGUGACUUGUUGGGCCUUAUGGAAAACUAGAAAUGAUUUGGUUUGGUCUGAUAAGAUUUCUACAACAGCUAAUGUAUCUCUUCUAGCCCAAACUACUCUUGUAAAUUGGUCUCAAGCACAGGACAAGUCUUUAGUUCUUACUGCCGGUUUUUUAACUGAAGCAGCUGGCUUAGAUAAAUGGCAAAAGCUGACUGCUCCCAGCCUUAAAAUCAACACAGAUGCUGCAAUAUUUGACAGCGGUGGUUCGUACAGUUUCGUGUGUGUGGCAAGAGGUGCAGCAGGGGAGUUGUUGGAGGCUUUAACAUGCUGUCGUGCAGGGAUAGUGCAACCUGAAUUGGCAGAGGCCAUGGGUGUUCGAGAGGCCCUCAAUUGGAUAAAAAAGAAAGGUUGGAUUGGAACAAUUGUUGAAACCGAUUGUCUAACCGUUGUUCAAGCAAUUCAGAGUAAUCUUCCUUUACUUUCUUAUUUUGGGAGUAUUAUUUCGAAUUGUAAAGAGUUAUUAAAACAAUUGUGUGGUGUUUCUGUUAAUUUUAUUAAACGGUCUGCUAAUAGUGUUGCUCACUCGUUUGCUCGAGCUUCCUAUUUUAUUGCUGAUCGUACUCUUUCAAGCAACGAUGUUUCUACUGAGUUGCUUCAUGUAAUCAUGAAUGAUUGCAAUCAAUAA